AUGGGCCGUCUUGUCUUCCUUUCCAUGCCAGUCUACCUGACGUCUGUCAACGUGGCACAGAUGGACUUCAUCGGCCGGGACUUCGCAUACCUCCUUGGCCUCGUUUCCAUCCAGAGCUUCCCCUCGUCUGAAGGAGUCUUCGACUUCACCUGUGGGCCAACGGGACCCUCGAGGUCGAUCAAGUGUCGAGCAUUGUUUGGCUGGGUCAGACCAGGUCUUGCUGAUCUGCUGCUCCCAGGAACUAGGACCUCGGAAAGAAUUGGCGGUAAUGCUGCAGAGUCUAUGGCUUCUCUAAGGGGCUACAACAUCGCAGCGUCAGAAGCAGCAGACGCAGCAGAUGAAGCAGAUGAAGCAGGUGAAGCGGAUUGCUCCAUGCAGUCGGCCUGUUGA